UAUAUAUAAAGAGAGCAGGAGAGAGUGAGCAGACUGAAGCUGAGCAGCGAGCGGGUUGAGCAGCAGGAGUACUUCUGUCCUCUGAGCUGAGGACGAUCCAGUCUCAAGUGUCACUGAGAGCAAAGAGUCUGCAGGACCUUGCCCCAAAAGAAAGAAGACCAAAAAAAAAGGAUCUUUUCCUCCGAGAACUGUGUCUUCUUUAUGAGGACAGCAUUUUCUGACUCCAGGAUGAUCUAUCACCUUUCAAACCAACACAGAGUCUGAAGCUGCUCCGGCUCGAACAAAUCAUUUCCCCUGAAAGAGGAAUAAAGGAAGAAGAAAAAGAAGAAGAGGAGGAGGGGGAGGAAAAGUCAGUCCAUCAACAAAUGUCUAAAUCAGGCGCAUUUGGGGACUAUUGGAUAUAUUGUCCUCUCUGAAAACCAGAAGAAAAGAGGAAUAAAGAAGAAAAAUUUUUCAUUUUAAGAACAACCUAACGAGGAUGUUGGCGUUUGUUGCAUCCACUCAGAUACAAAGAAAAGAGAUGAAAGAAGAAGAUAGAAAGAUGAAAAUAAAGAUUGAGUAAAAGCACAACCGCAAGUGUCUGGUUUCACACAAAGAAUCCACAAAAAGGAGGAAUAAAGCAAAAAGUUUCUUUUUGGUAUUAUUGAUCUAAGAUGUCAUAGACCAACACUGUUUGAACUUCACUCUCUCAAGUCCCAAUCAACACGGAAGAAAAAGACAAAUGGAAUAAAAAAAUACAAGGACAAAAAUUUAUUUUUACUUUUUAUCAAAAACUUAUAAAUCAAAAAAAAAAUUAUUCUGAAAGAGAGGGAAGAAAACAACUAAAGGAGUCUGAAGUUGCAGUUUGCUGAAGACAGAGGAGCAGGAAAAGUUUAAGGAGCACACAAAAAAAGUCAAAGCUACAGAAACGCAAGAGUGAGGAGUCAAAAGUGUAGGCAUAAAAAGGAUGCAGAGGUAAAAAGGGAAAAGAGAAAUAUCUCGGAAAAAGAGGACAAGGAGGUUUAUAGUGGACACAGAGAAGAAAAGGAAUAAUCAAGGGGAAAAAAGGCAAAAAGGAUGAACCAAGACGAAAAGGAAGAGUGACGAGUGAAAGGAGGACAAUUCAAAAGAACAGGGAGGACUGAAGAACAAAAGUAGAAACAUAAGGCCAAAUAAUAAAAGGAGGAAAAAUAACUUUUAAAAGGGAAAGGACCCAGGUGUUACAAUGAGGGUUCUGGUGCUUCUUGCAGCUCCUCUCUCCAUCCUCAUCCUCCACAUUGCAGUGGUGGCCCCGGCAGGCGGCGUGGCCCCGGGCCGUCUGGAGCGCUGGGUCCGCUCAGGCCUCCAGUCGCUGCAGUGGGACCAGCUGGACCGGUGCCUCCGCAUGUCCUCGCUCUCUGAGGCCGAGUGCAGGAGGCUCGCCCACCUGCCACUGUCCGCCGUGGCUGUUUACGUAUCGGAGCCACGCACUGCUGCAGGUAACUCAGACAAAGUUCUGGCUAUUCUGCCGGACUCCUGGGGUGGCUCGAUGAGCUCCAAACCACGGGGAGGUUACAGCAUCAGCCAGGUGCUGAAUGGAGGGGAAGGUUCCCACAGACCUCAGCAGCCAUUCCCCGGCUCCACGGCCCAUGAUGCCGUGCUGGUGCUGGAUCCGAGCCCAGGGGAGAACUUUGGGCACCCAGUGGUCCUUUUCUAUGUGGACGUGAACGUGACAAAGAAGAGAUGCUCCCACCUAGAUGGCAUUUAUCUGGGCGAGGAGUGUUUGACUCUGUCUUUAAAGGGUCGUUGUCAGAACCAGCUGAAGCGUCGGCAAGCCGGGCCAGAGAGGCUUAUGGGUAAUGGACACAGUCGGCUGGCAGGUGGGGCACUGCGCGGUAGUACCAUUACCACAAGUGGUGGUAGCCGUUUGGUGGAGCGGGCUGUUGGAAGGCUUUGUGAAGUCCACUUCCUUCCACUGGUGGUCAGAGUUGGAGACAGCAACCGGACGCAGAGACUCAGAUGUGUUGACCACGCAGAGUUUGCGAGGUGCCCUCAGCCACUGCCCAUUGGCUCGCCCAGUUUGCCCGUUUCAAGCUGUGAGCUAAAUAAAAACACCAGACGCUGCCACCAGCAGCCGCUGGCCACUCACCUCUCCUGCCGACUCUACCAGACGUGUGACCACGCUGUGCUCAUCUCAGGUGGCUGGCAGCAGCAGAUGACGUUCCAACGUCAUGUUCAGAAUCUUCAGAAGUUCUACAGAAUGCUGCAGAACAACGGCUUCCAUAAAGAACACAUCAAGACCUUCUUCGCCAGCAGUGGACAGCUUCCUGAGGACGUAGAGGGUGUGUACUCGGCAACAGAGAAAGCGGUGAUUCGUAACCACGUGUCGUACAUCUGCAGGAAGCAGCACUGCGCCGACACGCUGGUUCUCUACCUGAACUCACCAACACGCAACGACGGCACCAUGCUGCUGUGGGACGCCAACCUCAAUGGCAUUGCUGACCUGAAGGAGCGGUACUCAGUCAACGAGCUGCUGGCCGAC